AUGGACCCCAACGAGAUCAAGGUGAUCCACCUUCGUGCCACCGGUGGUGAAGUCGGUGCCUCGUCCGCCCUCGCCCCCAAGAUUGGUCCCCUCGGUCUCUCGCCCAAGAAGGUCGGUGAAGAUAUCGCCAAGGCCACUGGCGACUGGAAGGGUCUUCGCGUCACCGUGAAGCUCACCAUCCAAAACCGUCAAGCCGCCGUCUCGGUCGUCCCCUCCGCCUCUUCGCUCGUCAUCAAGGCCCUCAAGGAGCCCCCACGUGACCGCAAGAAGGAGAAGAACAUCAAGCACACCAAGUCCGUUCCUCUCGACGAGAUCAUCAACAUUGCCCGCACCAUGCGCUUCAAGUCCAUGGCCAAGGACCUCAAGGGUACCGUCAAGGAGAUCCUCGGAACUGCCUUCUCCACCGGCUGCCAGGUCGAUGGCCGCAGCCCCAAGGACAUCUCCGACGACAUUGAGUCCGGCGAGAUUGAGAGUGAGUUUUGGAUCUGCCACCUUUUACUUCGGCAUCAUGCUAACAACAUCUGCAGUCCCUGA